AAAAUAUGGCGUCAGCAAGUGAAAAUUGGAUUUUCAGUUCGAUUUUUUUUUCGAAAUAUAUGGUAAAAAAAGAGCUUCUGAACACAAAUGACAAUAUCAAGUAAAUUGAUUCAAUUGCAGCAUCAUCGGCAGCAGAGGAAAUGAAUACGACGACGGUAACGACGACGACGACCGAGUCCAGUGGUACGAUAACAAUAAAAGUGUGGAUAAUUUAUGCUGUAAUAUUCCCUAUCAUUGCUAUAGCCGCCAUUGCUGCACUUCUAAUUCUUUGCCGUUGGCUCUGCAACAAAAGACAUGUGUCUGUCUUACCGAAAAGUGAGCCAGAAAAGAGUCACAUCAUCAAUGACCUGAACAACAGCAAUGAAGCCACUACUGAACCCUUAGACCAUUUUGUUGUUUCACACGAAGCAAGCAAAAUAUCGAAAAAACCAAAGAAAGCAAUUAACCGUUUGGGUAAAAAAGAUUCGACGCCAUCUGCUGAACGAGAGAGAGAACCAGGUAUAGAGAAUUUGAACAGAGCACUUGACCUAGCAACUGAAGAACGAGAGAGGACAGAUGAUAACUUUCAUGGCGAUGCAGUCAGUGAAAAUGCAUUUAAUCACUUGAAGGAAGAAUCGGCACCUAACGAAGGGAUUCGACAAUUAAAACAACGACAUGUAACUACAAACCGUAACAAAAGUUUGAUUAAUACGUUCAAACCAGAAAAUGCAUGCGUUUCAAAAUCAAAAACAUUACAAGACACAAGCAGGAUAUUGUUGUCAAGAAGAAGACGACGAAAGUGUAAAGAAUCAGCAAUGAAAAGAAAUAUGAAACUGAUUAAAAGUAAACUAAACAGACCAAAGACCGACACUGAUGAAAGCAUCGAUGAAACGACUGACGGAAGUACAUCAACCGUCGUCACAGCUAGUGAAGAGGAGAGUGCGAUUGAUCCAAGUUUUGUACAAAGUGGAGAUGAAGACUGUAUAACCGAUGACGAAGAUUCAGGUACUGAUAACUUCACUUCAAGACAUUCUAAGAAGCUGAAAAGAGAAACCUUAAAUGAAGCAAAUGAAAAUAUGUCAAAAUUAAGUAUCAGAAAUGGUAAAAGCAAUCAGGAACCGAAUACUGGCGAUACGCCAAUAGCUGAUAUAACCAAAAGAAAUAUAAAGAAUGAAAAAGCCAAGGAAACAAAUAUCCAAAGUAAGUCAUCGAAAGAUUCCAAGCUUUUUACAGGAAAGGAGAGUAUUCCAAAAUAUCAACUUACUGUGUCAGGAAAUGAAGCAUCCGAGGCCACAUUGACCUCAGAACUCCCACAUGACGUAGAGGCUGAGCAGAGAACGAGUACAAGUUCUGAAAACAAGAUGAAGAAAAAAGUAACAAAGGCAACACAUGAACACGUCCAAAGACAGGGUCCAUUAGCAACGUCAUCUUUUAAGUCGAAUGUGGAAGAGAAAGCCGACGCUUAUAAAGGUGAAAAACAAAAACAGACUGGCGACAUAAAUGCAACAAGACACAGCAGUAAGUUGAAUAUACACGAUUUUUUUCAAGGGGAAACCGGUGUCAGUAAUGAAAGUUUUGAACCUAAAGAGAAAUCGUAUGACAAUUAUAAGGAGUUUGAGAGGAUGGUCAUGAAACGUGGAACAGUUAGUUUAAAUAGAUCAGUUUCAUUAAAUGAAAUGGAUUUACAUAAAGAUGAAACAUAUUCGAGACGACGGAAAAGGAAAUACCAGUCACUACGACAGACGAAGAAGGAGUCGGUGUUUGAUGUUUUAAAGACACUUGACAAGACUCCAAAGAAAAGCAUAUUGAAGAAGUCGAAAAGCUUACAUUUAAAGUCCAAAGGUAAAGAAAAUUCAGAAUCCUUAAGAUAUGAAGGAGGCACAACAAUCUUUACAGAUGAAGGAAAAGAAGAAAUGAAUUUGUCGUAUGUACAUUUUACAAAAGAUAUUGACACAUGCAAAAUAAAUAUAAAUAAUGUGUAUCCCACUGCUUAUGAAGCUUGUACCACCAGUUUAACCUCAAAAGAGAAUAAAUCUGCAACUUCAAAAUCAAAUCAAAUGAACGAAAAUAAUGAGAGUAAUAUUGAAAGCCAGAUUAAUGCAACAACGAUAGAAACCGGGUCUGAUUUAGAGCAAAGUCAGCAAUGCGGAGAUAACAAACCACAAAGAACUGACAAAACAAAAUCUAAAGAUACAGAGACAAUUGCUUUUGCAAGUCUGAAUAUCCAUGAAGAUACUAACCACGGGAUAAACCAUGACAGAAUUGGUAAUGAAAAUGACAGUAUUUCUGAAAUCGUGUCUUCAAAUCUUUUAGCAACUUCUGACGAUAUCUCUACGCUACAGGACACGGACAUAUUGGAUUUUCCAAAACCUAGUAUGGAUGGAAUUGAAAGCUUCACGCAGUUAUUGACACAGACGGAUUUAAAUGAAAAACAACCAGAGGUAGAGGCAAACAGAAAAUGUGAUGAUUCUUAUGUAGUGAACAUCAUCAAGGAAAAUGUUUCUGAUAAUAGAUCGGAAUCAAAUGACAUGAUCAGUUUAGAAGUUGGCUCUAAUGAUAAAAAGGAACAAGAGACUUCCGGGAAUCAUCAUCAGACUGCCCAAUACGACGACACGGAAAAUAUUAAAAUGCAAAACUUGUCUGAUAAAGUAGAAUCUAUUAAUAUACCGGAUGACAAAGAAACGAGUAUAUUUCAAAGUAGAUACAAGUAUUCUUCGGGAGAAGCUGAAAAGCAAUCAAAAUUGUCGUUUAAUCUUAACCAUGAUAGCACGAGAACUGCAACAGAACAAAGAACAUUUCAAUGUAAAGAGAAUGAAGCAGACAAGUUAGAGGAUGCUCAAAUACACGUGUCCGAAAGAGGUUUGUUAUUUUCUAAGGACUUUUAUACAACCGCGUCCCCGUCACCAACUACGCAUGUUAUUGAUCAAAAUGUUGAACAGAGACAAGUUUCAGAACAAAAUACACCAGGUGAUACUGAUGAAUCUUCAAUGACACCGGUGAAAGCUUAUUCAGAGGUGAAUAUAAAAGAUGAUGUUACAGUAAAAGUUAACAUGAAUCAAGGCCAAACACCUAUGUUCACACGUACACUGAUAUUGAAUGAACUUCGAGCAAAUGAUCGCGACGCCAUGUCAGAUGAGACAACAAGAUGCCAAAAUGCAGAUUUAUUGCAAGAAGAAUUUACUAAAACCCAUUUAACUGAUAACAAUGUGCCUACAUCUUUACUAACAGAAUAUGCAAAUUCAACAGUGUUUAACGAUUAUAGUCGUCGCAUUGAUUUGUCAAAAAGAGAAAUCGCUAGUACGUUAUCGUUAAAAAAAGAACACCGUCACACUCUUUUGGUUCAUGAUGAACGUUCCAGAACACCAGUUUUGACAGGUGGAGGUUUGAAAAUGCCAUUGGGUCAGCCCAAACAUGCAAGUAUACCACAUAGUACCGAACGAAAUAACUGUAAUCCUUUGUUCGACUGCAUCGGAGUUGAAACUACACCCAAGGAAACGAAGCGGUCAUUCCAUUCAACAAUCUCGCCUCCACAUCUAACAAGGUCACUAUCGCCAAUCUUGAAAAAAGACGCUAGUGAAUCAGCUAUGGACAGGCCUAUAACUCCACCUUCGAAAACACAGGCAAAAAUAAGACAAGGAAAUACACACAAAAAUAAUCUGACAUCAUUGAAUGAACAUUCUAAAUAUCAACGUCCUUUGGCAGGAGAUCCACAUCAGUUUCGUAAUACAGAACUUCAAAAGAAACCAUCCAUUAACGGUAGUGCGUCUGUUAAAAAGCCAACCCACGCUGGCAAACUAAAACGAGAUGUGCUGAGCACACUUAAUAAAGACGAACUAAAAGUAUCCGAAAGAGCGAAUGUUGUGUCAAAAGAUGAAACGCGCAUAGACGGUAGGUUAGAACAGGAAAACGAGAAAAAUGAUUCAAUAAAAGGACACACGUUCAAUUUGAGGAAUGGGUCGUUCAAAGGUCGGUCAAAAACACCAGCUGUUGAGAUAGAACGUUCACCUAAAUACCCUCUGGAGCAAAAACGAUCAAAGACACCUUUACCUGUCCCAACGUUUAUCAAAAGUAAUACGGAAACGUCUCCGAAGAAAAUAUUAAUCGAUGAAUUGAAACCAAAACAUCAAACGCAUUACAUAGAAUCAUUUAGUAGGAAUUUCCCUAAUUUUCCUAUUGAUAGACGUCAAUUUAGAAGUUCUGACCAUCAAAGGAGAAAAUCUUUAACUUCUUUUAGGAAUAAAAGAUCAAAUACAGUCGUCCUUGGAAAACAUGACACAGCUGCAAGCACACUUUUGAACAGACGAAUGAAAGAAGACAACACACUGAGCGGAAGUGUUAAUUCUAGGAAACCAUCUGAAAGAGAACGUCCCAAGUCCGCCAUGUCACUGCGUUCAGCACCUCGAUCAACCACAAUGGAAACAGUUCUAACUAUUCCGAGAAAUUUUAAAGCAAGAAAUGAGAGUAAACAAAUGCGAGAAGGAAACAGGUACUUUGACAGUGGUAAAAGCACUUCUGAAAAAGAACAUGACCGAACAAACAGGAUUCCACAAAGUUACAAGUCACAUGUAAAAGCAGAUACAUUUCUGAAUCUCGAACAUACCAAUAAUGGACUUACUGAUUCAGACAGUGAGCUAGAAGAAUUCUUUGCAAAUCCUGAAGCAGAAGUUUUGCAAUUAGGCAACUGA